AUUUGAUAAUCAGAUCAGUGCUUCAAAAAAGGAAGACUCGGAAAGCAUUAAUAAAAAUGACACUUCAAAGAAGAUGUCUGUUGAGAGAGUUUAUCAGAAAAAGACUCAGCUUGAGCACAUCCUUCUCCGUCCAGAUACCUACAUUGGGUCAGUUGAACCGUUAACUCAGUUAAUGUGGGUUUAUGAUGAAGAUGUAGGAAUGAAUUGCCGAGAAGUUACCUUUGUUCCAGGCUUGUACAAGAUCUUUGAUGAAAUCCUUGUAAAUGCUGCUGACAAUAAGCAGAGGGACAAGAAUAUGACUUGUAUUAAAAUAUCCAUUGAUCCGGAAUCAAACAUUAUCAGCAUAUGGAAUAAUGGAAAGGGUAUACCAGUUGUGGAACACAAAGUAGAAAAAGUAUACGUACCUGCUUUAAUCUUUGGGCAGCUGCUAACAUCCAGCAACUAUGAUGAUGAUGAGAAAAAAGUUACAGGUGGACGCAAUGGCUAUGGUGCAAAACUUUGUAACAUAUUUAGUACAAAGUUUACAGUUGAAACUGCUUGCAAGGAAUACAAACACAGCUUUAAGCAGACUUGGAUGAACAAUAUGAUGAAGACCUCUGAACCCAAGAUUAAGCAUUUUGAUGGUGAUGACUACACAUGCAUUACAUUCCAGCCAGAUCUAUCUAAAUUUAAAAUGGAAAAACUUGAUAAGGAUAUUGUGGCCCUCAUGACAAGAAGAGCAUAUGAUUUGGCUGGGUCAUGCAAAGGAGUCAAAGUCAUGUUGAAUGGGAAGAAAUUACCUGUAAAUGGAUUUCGCAGUUACGUAGAUCUUUACGUAAAAGACAAGCUGGAUGAAACUGGAGUUGCACUCAAAGUUAUUCAUGAAGUUGUGAAUGAACGAUGGGAUGUGUGCCUCACUUUGAGUGAAAAAGGGUUUCAGCAAAUCAGCUUUGUAAAUAGUAUAGCUACCACAAAGGGUGGUAGGCAUGUUGAUUACGUGGUGGAUCAGGUUGUGGGCAAACUGAUAGAAGUGGUGAAAAAGAAGAAUAAAGCUGGAGUUUCAGUGAAACCAUUCCAGGUGAAGAAUCAUAUAUGGGUUUUUGUUAAUUGCUUGAUUGAAAACCCAUCAUUUGAUUCCCAGACAAAGGAAAACAUGACAUUGCAGCCUAAAAGUUUUGGGUCCAAGUGCCAGCUAUCUGAGAAAUUUUUUAAAGCAGCCUCUAACUGUGGUAUCAUAGAGAGUAUUUUGAAUUGGGUCAAAUUUAAGGCACAAACUCAGCUGAACAAAAAAUGUUCAUCGGUGAAACACAGUAAAAUCAAGGGCAUUCCGAAACUCGACGAUGCUAAUGAUGCUGGUGGUAAACAUUCCUUGGACUGCACGCUAAUAUUAACAGAAGGAGACUCUGCCAAAUCUUUAGCUGUCUCUGGCUUAGGUGUUAUUGGUAGAGACAGAUAUGGAGUAUUCCCACUCAGGGGUAAAAUUCUCAAUGUUCGAGAAGCUUCUCACAAACAGAUUAUGGAAAAUGCAGAAAUCAACAACAUCAUCAAAAUAGUUGGACUACAAUACAAGAAAAGCUAUGAAGAUCCAGAAUCUCUGAAAAGUUUGAGAUAUGGAAAAAUUAUGAUCAUGACAGAUCAGGAUCAAGAUGGAUCUCACAUAAAAGGCUUGUUGAUCAAUUUUAUUCAUCACAAUUGGCCAUCGCUGUUGAAACAUGGUUUUCUUGAGGAAUUCAUCACUCCUAUUGUAAAGGCAAGCAAAAAUAAGCAAGAACUUUCAUUCUAUAGUAUUCCUGAAUUUGAUGAGUGGAAGAAACAUAUGGAGAAUCAUAAAGCAUGGAAGAUAAAAUACUACAAAGGUUUGGGUACCAGCACUGCUAAAGAAGCAAAAGAAUAUUUUGCUGACAUGGAAAGACAUCGGAUCUUAUUUCGAUACGCUGGUCCUGAAGAUGAUGCUGCCAUCACACUGGCCUUCAGUAAGAAGAAGAUUGAUGACCGAAAAGAGUGGUUAACAAACUUCAUGGAGGACAGGCGACAGCGUCGGCUACAUGGCCUUCCUGAGCAAUUUUUAUAUGGUACAGCAACAAAACAUUUGACUUACAAUGACUUCAUUAACAAGGAGUUGAUCCUUUUCUCAAAUUCAGACAACGAGAGAUCUAUUCCUUCCCUUGUUGAUGGUUUAAAACCAGGGCAGCGCAAAGUUUUAUUCACUUGCUUUAAGAGAAAUGAUAAACGUGAAGUAAAGGUUGCUCAGCUGGCUGGUUCUGUUGCUGAAAUGUCAGCUUAUCACCAUGGGGAGGUGACGUUAAUGAUGACUAUUGUCAACUUGGCUCAGAACUUUGUUGGCAGUAACAAUGUUAAUCUGCUACAACCUAUUGGGCAGUUUGGUACCAGGCUUCAUGGUGGAAAGGAUGCUGCCAGCCCUCGCUAUAUUUUCACCAUGUUAAGCCCUUUAGCAAGGCUGCUUUUUCCAUCAGUGGAUGACAACUUGCUUAAAUUCCUUUAUGAUGACAACCAGCGUGUAGAGCCUGAAUGGUAUAUUCCCAUCAUUCCUAUGGUUUUAGUAAAUGGAGCUGAAGGAAUUGGUACCGGAUGGGCUUGCAAACUUCCAAACUACGAUACCAGAGAGAUUGUAAACAAUGUCAGACGAAUGCUGGAUGGCUUAGAUCCCCACCCGAUGCUCCCAAACUACAAAAACUUCAAAGGAACCAUUCAGGAACUUGGUCAAAACCAGUAUGUAGUCAGUGGUGAAAUAUUUGUGGUGGACAGGAACACAGUAGAAAUUACAGAGCUUCCUGUGAGGACAUGGACCCAGGUGUACAAAGAACAGGUUCUAGAACCUAUGUUGAAUGGGACUGAAAAAACUCCAGCAUUAAUUUCUGACUAUAAGGAAUACCACACUGAUACGACUGUGAAAUUUGUUGUGAAGAUGACAGAAGAAAAACUUGCACAGGCAGAAGCUGCUGGAUUGCACAAAGUUUUUAAGCUUCAAACAAGUCUUACUUGUAAUUCUAUGGUGCUAUUUGAUCAUAUGGGAUGUUUAAAGAAGUAUGAAACUGUGCAAGACAUCUUGAAGGAGUUCUUCGAUUUGCGAUUACAUUAUUAUAGUUUACGCAAGGAAUGGCUUGUGGGAAUGUUGGGUGCAGAAUCUACCAAGCUUAACAAUCAAGCUCGUUUCAUUCUAGAGAAGAUACAAGGAAAAAUUACCAUAGAGAACAGAUCAAAAAGAGAUUUGAUUCAGAUGUUAGUUCAGAGAGGUUAUGAAUCUGAUCCAGUAAAAGCCUGGAAAGAAGCACAGGAAAAGGACCCACAGAACCCAAAUGAUGAUGCUUCCUCUGCUUCUGGCUCAACUUCUGGCCCUGACUUUAACUACAUCUUAAACAUGUCUCUGUGGUCACUCACGAAAGAGAAAGUAGAAGAGUUAAUUAAGCAGAGAGAUUCAAAGGAGAGGGAACUAAAUGACCUUAAAAGGAAAUCUUCUUCAGAUCUCUGGAAAGAAGAUUUAGCAGCCUUUGUUGAAGAGCUUGAAGUAUUAGAAGCACAGGAAAGAGAAGAUGUUUUGGCUGGCAUGGUGGGCAAACCAAUAAAAGGCAAAGUUGGUAAACCCAAGAUGAAGAAACUUCAGUUGGAAGAGACCAUGCCGUCACCAUUUGGCAGAAGAAUAGUUCCACAGAUUACAUCUGCCAUGAAAGCUGAUGCCAGUAGGAAAUUGCUGAAAAAGAAAAAGGGUGAAACUGAUUCUCUAGCAAUAAAAAUGGAAUUUGAUGAAGAAUUUGGUGGUGUGCCAGCUGAAGGUGGUGGGGAUGACUCACUAAAUACAUCAGCCACAGCAACUAAAACCCCUAAACCUAAGAGAGAGAAGAAGGAGCCUG